CCCCAAAUCCCAGGAACCCCAGACUCCAACCUUCCCCACCCGGACGACCCCGAAAUCGUGGAAUUAGAUCCCGGCAGCCUCUUCCCCAACCCCGACCCCUCGGAGCGGGAAACUUUACGUUGGACCGUGGUGCAACAAAUCGACCCCGGGACGUCGGGGAAAAGCGGGAAGAGGAGCCCGAAAUCCCCGAGUUUUUCCAACUUCAAGAGCAUCAUCGUCCUCCAGAAGAGCUACGAGUGCUCGGAGUGCGGGAAGAGCUUCAGCUGCAGCUCGCAUUUCUCCAAGCACCGCCGGACGCACACGGGGGAGAAACCGUUCCGCUGUUCCCACUGCGGGAAGAGCUUCAACGUCUCCUCCAACCUUUACCGGCAUCAACGCGGCCACGGCGGCGCCGAUCCGGCCGCGGAGAAACCCCGCGGUUUUCCUUAUCGGUGUCAGGAGUGCGGGAAGAGUUUCCGGCGGAAUAAAGAGUUGGCCACUCACCGGCGGCUCCACACCGGCGAUUUGCCUUUCCGAUGCGGCGAUUGCGGGAAAAGCUUCUCCUGGAGUUCCCACUGGCUCCGGCACCGGCGGAUUCACACCGGAGAGAAACCCUACGAGUGCCCGGAAUGCGGGAAGAGCUUUUCCAGGAGUUCCCACCUCUACCGGCACCAACGCGGCCACGCCGGCGGUCGCUCCUACAUCUGCACCUACUGCGGGAGGAGUUUCGGCAGCAUCCUGCAUUUCGAGCGGCACCAAGGGACUCACACCGGGGUGAGACCCUACAAAUGUUCCCUGUGCCGGAAAAGCUUCGGCGACGCUCCGGCUUUGGUGAAACACCAAGGGAUUCACCUCGGGGAAGGCCCUUUCCGCUGCGAGGAAUGCGGGAAAGGCUUCGGGGCGCGGUCCCAGUACGCCCGGCACCGGCGGAGCUCCCACGGCGGAACCGGCGAGGAGAAGCCGUAUCGGUGCGGGGAUUGCGGGAAGAGUUUUUCCUGGAGCUCCCACUGGGAGCGGCACCAGCGGAUUCACACCGGGGAGAAACCCUACGAGUGCCCGGAAUGCGGGAAGAGCUUCGGGAGGACUUCCCACCUCUACCGGCACCAGCGGACGCACGCCGGGGGUCGGCCCCACGUCUGCGGGGAGUGCGGGAAGAGUUUUAAUUCCACCCUCCACUUCCAGAAGCACCUGAGGGCG